AUGGUGGUCAAUCAGAGCGCUGGGAAGCAGCAGGACAAUGAUAGCGACCUUGACUGGAUCGCGAGGCCCCCACGAGAAGGGGAGCCCCGCAACCCUCCCCUGUACGAGAAGGGCCUGGUCGCCGGGGACGGGCCUAUCCUGGGAAAGGGGGCGUACGGCGUGACGCGCCUGUCUAAGAGCUCGUACACGGGCGAGUACUACGCGGUCAAGGUGAUGACCAAGGCACGAGUCUCGGAGAGGAGGUCUAUCCUCGUCAUCCAGGCUGAGAUCGACACUCUCGCCCGCAUGCAGCAUCCCUUCAUCGUGCACCUGUUCGGAGUACACCAGGACGACGUUCGGUGCAUGCUGGUCCUCGAGUACGCUGCGGGCGGGGAACUCCUUUACAGGAUCCGGGCACGGCUGCGGCUCCCGGACGCGGAGGCCAAGUUUUACGCGGCGGAGAUAGCGGACGCCCUCCAGUACAUGCACAACGAGGUGGGCAUUAUCUACCACGACUUGAAGCCGGAGAACAUCCUCCUCGCCGCGGACGGGCACGUCAAGGUCGUCGACUUCGGCCUCGCUCUCGACAAGGAGGCCCGGGAGUGGGACGAGUGCCGCAUGGGGACGAGCGCCUACAUGGCUCCCGAGCUGGCAAAGCACAGGGUUCAGGGGGCUCACGCGCCGGCGGUGGACUGGUGGUCCUUCGGGUGCGUGGUGUACGAGCUGCUCGGGGGAUGCUCGCCCUUCGGGGACUCGGCCGACCUCACCAAGUACGAGAUCUACACCAACAUCACCGAGAAGAAGCUUCGCUUCGGGAAAGGGUUCGGCGCCAGGGCGAGGGGGCUGCUGAGGCGGCUGCUAGACAAGAACCCGGCGACGCGGCUCGGCUGGCAGGGGGUUCAGGAGCACAAGUGGUUCCGCAACGUCGACUGGGUGGCCCUGCGGGACAGGCGCAUCUUUCCGCCAUGGGUCCCCCCCAGCAUGAAGCCCGGGUGCACGCAGUGCUUCCUCCAGUGGAAGCCAGAGCCCCCCGCAGGGGCGGGGGCGGGGGCGGGAGGGGCGGGCGGGGGCGGCGGGGACCAGUCCCAUCCCCCGGCGGACCGGGCGCACGAGUAUUCCCGAGUAAAGGUGCCGCCAGGCUACGCUCUCCGCCCGCCGCCCCCUCCACAACCGCCUGUUGCCGGGGAGCGCCUCCAACGGCAGGCAGACAUAGUGGCACAAGCUCCGGCGGCGGCAGCAUGGCAUCCUUGGACCCGUCGGCCGCCGCCGCGGCUGGCAAACGCCGUAGCAACGACGGCGAAGGUGGGGGAGGGACAGGGCGUCGAUGUCAGGACGGCUCGAACGCCGUCGGGUCGCCGGGGGCAGGGAACGCCAAGAGACGCUUCAAAUCCGCAGGCGAGAGAAGAAACACGCAGCAAGCUGCUAUAA